AGAUUCUACUGAGCCAAAGAAAGUUUCCCUUGAGAUAAGUUCUCAGAAGGUUCAUGUUGAAGGGGUGUCUGAGCACCCGAGGAAUGACAUUGACGGUCCAAAAUUACAAAAAGAUGUGGAUUUGCAGCAAGAUGUUGGUUAUGCAUUGCUCAAAAGUACAUCAGAGCAAAAGUUUGACAUCCCCUGUCCGCAUUUGGAGAGAAGACACCCAGAGAAAUAUUUCCCGAUUUGCCACCAAGUGAGAUGAGAAUACAUGCCACAAGAUCCACUCCUGGCUCCCCACCAGAAACCAAACUGGGGGAAGCAGAUGAUGACAGUCCUCCAAAGCUUGUGUCGAAUACGGAGGGAAUUCGACGCUUCAAGAGCUUUUUGGCCUCAAAGUUAACUUGUGACAAGUCAAAUUCCAAGUCAAAUUCUUCUGAUGGCCCAGGAGGAUUAGAAGAUUUUUCCUACAUGAAACCCAGGCCUAUUGUGGAAGACCCAGGAAGUAGGCUGUCUAGCUCGUCAUCGGAGGGCAGUGAUUCAGAGACCUUGAAAGAGGAUUCCCUCCCAGCGCACAGAGCAAGAGUCCGGGUGAAUCAGAACUUUUUCCAGAAGUUGGUACUGUAAAGAAACCGGAUUUUGUGCUUCAUCUGAACAAAAAGCAUCAGUAUCAGGAAACCAUUGAAGUUUCUGGAUUUUCUCCCACCUCAUUCUCUCGAAAAGGCAUAUCUGCUUACAGAUUAAAAUCUCAGCUUCUGUUGCUGGGUUAAUCUUCUUUCUCAUUUUUGCAAAAGAAAACGCCUGACUUUUUGUAAGAUUCUUUAAUUCCAUCUUC